GAAUGUGUGUGAGCAGAGAAGGUACGUGGUGACCACACAUCCCGCUAGACACCCGGAUAGUGACGGAUACGCACUACUGCUGCAACAUGGUGAAAAUUAUGGUUAUCAAGACCAAACCGUACAGUGAUCAAAAGCCCGGAACCAGCGGUUUAAGAAAGAGGGUGACCGUAUUCCAGCAGAAUCAGCAUUAUACGGAGAACUUUAUCCAGAGUAUUAUUUCCACCAUUUACUCUGCUCAGAGGCAAAAGUGUACCCUGGUUGUGGGAGGAGAUGGACGCUUCUUCAUGAAAGAUGCCAUUCAGCUGAUCAUCCAGAUUGCUGCAGCUAAUGGGAUUGGCCGGCUGGUCAUUGGACAGAAUGGGAUUAUGUCAACACCUGCUGUGUCUUGUGUGAUCCGUAAAAUCAAAGCUAUCGGGGGGAUCAUCCUGACAGCCAGUCAUAACCCUGGUGGCCCCAAUGGAGACUUUGGCAUCAAGUUCAACAUAUCUAGUGGAGGUCCUGCACCAGAGGGCAUCACAGACAAAAUCUUUCAGAUCAGCAAGAGCCUCCAGGAGUACCACAUCUGCCCUGAACUCAAGGUGGACCUCUCCACCAUUGGAAAACAAACGUUUGAGGUUGACACGUUCAAGCCCUUUACCGUGGAAAUUGUGGACUCAGUGGAAUCAUAUGCAGAGAUGUUAAGUGAUAUCUUUGAUUUUGCGGCUCUGAAAGAAUUACUCUCAGGACCCAAUAAGAUUAACGUACGACUAGAUGCAAUGCACGGAGUGGUGGGUCCCUAUGUAAAGAAGAUUGUGUGUGAGGAGCUGGGUUCCCCUGCUCACUCUGCCGUUAACUGUGUCCCCUCUGAGGACUUUGGGGGUCACCAUCCUGAUCCUAACUUAACAUAUGCUGCUGACCUGGUCAACACUAUGAAGGAAGGAGGAUAUGAUUUUGGAGCAGCAUUCGAUGGUGAUGGUGAUCGGAACAUGGUUCUGGGUAAGAAUGGGUUCUUUGUUAACCCCUCAGACUCUGUGGCAGUCAUCGGUGCCAACAUUACAUGCAUCCCUUAUUUCCAAAAGACUGGCGUGAAGGGCCUGGCUCGCAGUAUGCCCACCAGUGGGGCUCUGGACAAUGUGGCCAAAGCUUUAAAGAUGCCGCUUUAUGAGGCACCCACAGGCUGGAAAUUCUUUGGAAACUUGAUGGAUGCUGGCAAGUUAUCCCUCUGUGGUGAAGAAAGCUUUGGUACUGGUUCUGAUCACAUCCGGGAGAAAGAUGGCCUUUGGGCAGUGCUUGCUUGGCUUUCAAUCUUGGCCACUCGUAAACAGAGCGUAGAGGAGAUCAUGAAAGACCAUUGGCAGAAGUUUGGAAGGAACUUCUUCACAAGGUAUGACUAUGAAGAGGUGGACUCUGAUGCUGCAAACAAGAUGAUUGCACACAUACAGACAACCAUGUCUGAUAAAGCCUUUGUAGGGCAGAAGUUCUCCUCUGGGGAAAAAACAUAUGAAGUGGAGAAGGCUGAUAACUUUGAGUACACAGACCCUGUGGAUGGCAGUGUUUCAAAAGGACAGGGUUUGAGGAUCAUCUUCUCUGAUUGCUCACGUAUCAUCUUCCGUCUCAGCGGGACAGGCAGUGCUGGGGCAACCAUCAGGCUUUACAUUGACAGCUAUGAGACGGAUCCCCAGAAAAUCUACCAAGACCCACAAGUCAUGCUGGCUCCUCUGGUGGACAUUGCCCUGAGGAUCUCCCAGCUCCAGGAAAAGACUGGCCGCACCGCUCCCACUGUAAUCACAUAAUUACUCUAGAGCCCAUAUUCACCUGAUCCAGCCCAAACUAGCCAUCACUGUAUUCAGUAAUGCUUUACUUUAAGAUUUUAACCAUCAAUUUCAUAUCCCAGUCAUUAUAUGUUGAAUGUGUCAUCUAGAAGGUUUCACUUGUACAAUUAAAGAUCUAUGCUCAGUAUAAAUAGAGAGAAAAUAAAUGGCAUAAAAG